AUGGAGCGAGGAGGGAAGAGAACACGGGGCGCUCUCCCCGGGGUCUGCCUGGUCCCCCCCGUGCUGCUGCCGCUGCUGCCGCUGCUGCAGCUGGCGGGGGGGGCCCCCCUGGGCCAGGGGCUGUACCCCAUGCCGGCCGGUGUCCUGCAAGCGCUGUCGAGCCGGGGGACGCUGGUGCUGGAGGCGGCGCUGAGGAGUGCGCUGCUGGCGCUGGAGCGGGCGCUGGCUGAGCAGCAACGGCAGCAGGGUGCCUGUGGGCUCUGUGCCCCUUGCCUCUUCCCCCCCUGUGCCAACCUCACCCGCUACUGCCCACCGCUGGCCGUGCCCCCCGCCGUGCCACCCAGCUGCCAGGCCCUGCUGGAUGCCCAGGCGCUGCCCGAGCUGCCCCAGCGCAACUGGGCACUGAGUCAGGCCUGUGCCCCCUACCAGCGCCUGUGCCCACCUGAGGGGGCCCAGCAUGCCUGCGCCCAGCUCAGUGCCCGACUCUGCCGCCAUCGCCUCCAGGAGUGCCGGAUGGCCGCUGCAGCCCCGGACCCUGAUGCACCAGCAGAAGUGGCGAUGCCAGGGAGCUGCGGGCACCGUGGGGGACCCCAAGCCAACACCACAGCCCCCCGAGGACGGAUCAUGGGUGGCAGCGUGGCCCCACGGGGGGCCUGGCCCUGGCUGGUGUCGGUGCGGCUCCACGGGGAGCUGAUGUGCGGAGGGGUGCUGGUGGGACGCUCCUGGGUCCUCACCGCGGCCCACUGCUUUGCCGGGAACCAGAAUGAGCUGGCGUGGACAGUGGUGGUGGGCGACCACGAGCUGGGCAAGCUGGGUGCAGGCGAGCGAGCAGUGCCCGUCCGGCGCAUCCUGCCUCACCCCAAGUUUAAUCCCAAGACGUUUCAUGGGGACCUGGCGCUGCUGGAGCUGGCGGUGACGCUGGCCCCAUCGCCCACCGUCAGCCCCGUGUGCCUUCCCAGCGGCCCUACGGAGCCCAGCCCUGGCACGACCUGCUACAUCGCAGGCUGGGGCUCCCUCUAUGAAGAGGGGCCAGCAGCCGAUGUGGUGAUGGAGGCACGGGUGCCCCUGCUCAGCCAGGAGACGUGCCAGGGUGCCCUGGGCAGGGACCUUCUCACCAGCACCAUGUUCUGUGCCGGUUACUUGUCUGGGGGCAUCGACUCCUGCCAGGGUGACUCGGGGGGCCCGCUGGCAUGCCAGGACCCCUCCUCGCACCGCUUCAUCCUCUAUGGCAUCACCUCAUGGGGUGAUGGCUGUGGUGAGCGGGGCAAACCGGGCGUCUACACCCGUGUCGCUGCCUUCGUGGACUGGCUCAGCCUCCAGAUGGACCCUGCCCCUGGCAGCCGGGAACCGAGCUGCUUCGACCUGCUGGCGCUGGCCCAGCUGCCCCCCGAGCGGCAGCCACUGGAGCGUGCCCGCCUCUGUGCCUUCUAUGCCGGGUCCUGUCAGUCCCCCCAGGGCCGGGCCGCCUGCACCCGCAUGGCUGAAGAGACCUGCCGCGCCAGGACUAGACGAUGCGAGCUGCACUCCUACGCCCAGACCUUGGUGGAUCUCCUGCGCCAGGCUGGGGACUUCAUCCGAAACCAGUUCGACUUCUCCUUCCUCACUCGCGCCCUGCCUCAGCUCCUGGGCAAGAUCUAUGGGCAUCUCUUCCCACCCCGUGUCCGCAGGGAUGCCCCAGGCCCAGCUGUGGCAGGGGGCCAGCCCAGCCCCACAGCAGAAGGACCCCAGAGACCCCCCCCCAGGUGGGGGGCCGGGCAGCCACCCCCCUUCGCAGGGCUCUUCAGGGCUGUGGGGCCCCGGCUGCAGGACUGGGUGGAGGCGCUGAGGGCCAUGGUGGGGGGCAGACCCCUGGCACCCACCCUGGAUGAGGGGCAGCUCCCCGGGGAGACGUGGCUCUUCUUGCAGGUAUUUGGGAAGGGAUGGGCUGGGGGGACCCCCUGCCCCUCUGAUGUCCCAUGUCCCCAGUGCCCCAUCCGAUGCCAGCCCAGCCAUGCCCUGCGCUCUGCCACUGUUCCCCUCCCCAUGCCCACAGGUGCCCCACUGUCCACCCUUCCCCCUUCCCUUCAGCAGGGCGAGGAGGUGGUGGAGGAGCUGGUGGGACAAGGAAGAGCCUUCCUCGCCCAGCUGCGGGCGGAGCUGGACCUUGGCACCCCUCUUGAGGCCAUGGAGCUGCAAACAGCACCCGGAGAGCUGACGGGGACCCCAAUGCCGAGCUGGUCAGUGCCAAGGGAGAAACGUGAGCUGGUGCCCACGGAGCUGCCGGAGGUGGAGGAGGAGGAGGCAGGCGCAGGCAGAGCCUGCCCUGGCCUCAACGAGUCGGUGGUGCGAGUGGGUGCGGUGUGGGAGCUCUACGCCUGGGUGCUGCGGGUGCCCGAGCCAGACCUGGCCAUGACCUUCCAGGAGAUCCUGGUGGACUUGGGCUCCAAAAACGCCAAGGGGCUGUACCGGGCGCAGGUGCGGGCCACGGUGGGGGGCCGCCCCACGGCCUUCACUGGCCUCGUGGGGCUGGAGAGCGACUCACUGGCCCGCAGCAUGCCCGGCCUCGUCGCUCUGGCACUCGAGGCGCUGAAAACCUAA